AUGAAUGUUGUAACUUACUUGGAUAGCAAAACUUUUAACAUCUCAAGUGGCAUUUUGAACCAAUCUGAACCUUUCCGGCCCACUUUGGAAUCAUCAAAACUAUCUUUAGUGAUAGUCACCACCGCACUCCUACGGCCAUUUGCACCAGCCGUUGGAUCAUCAUCCGAAAAACCCACAACAGAGUGA